CCCUUUUCCUUGCGCAUACGCAAAGCAAAGCACAGACAUACCGCUGGACUCACACGGUCGUUUGGAUCACGAUCAUGAUGCGAGCUGGAACCGGGCUUGUUUGGCAUUUUAUUGUCUGUCAUUGGCACGCAGCCUCUUUGCCUCACCACUUGCAUCGUUUCAACCUCCGUCCGCCCUUCAGCCCCAGCCGAGCCAGUUCUCCAGGCCAGACACAACAACAGGGCCACAAGAAAUGGACUGUGACAGGCCACGAAAUGGGUGCAUGUGGCUGCCCGCUCACUGAAUCCCUGUUCGUUUUCCAGCUUGGUGUAAGCCCGGCGCCUCUGUUCCCGCCCGACGGCACCAUUUAAGGCUGCGCAAGAAGAUCCUUCAUGCAUUUGCUGUUGAUGAGAACUGCGUCUGCACAUUCAUGUGCUUCCGUUGGUUCGGUUGCUGUUGAGGCGUGGCCGCUGCUCUCUUCGCUCAAAAAAGUGCCUC